GAUAAACGCAGUAAAACGGCUAAGGAAAUUUGUAAAUAAUUACUAAAUAAAUAAAUCUAAAUAUGUGUAGUUCUAUGCAAAAGUGGAUUACUUAAAUUAGUGUACGAAAUGGUUGAAAGAUAUUCAGUUAUAUGUAGACACAGUAUAUAAUUAUCGCUGUGAAAUAAAUAAUACGUUGAAUAAUCAGCACCUUUUUAACAAAUUGGUUUCACAUCACGUAAAUGGCUGCAGUUGUGCACGGCUGUGGUAGUGGCUCGAGUCCACGUCAACAUCAUGGCAGCAACAUUUCGUGCGCUGGUUUGGCUCAUCGUUCACAGCAUCCACCACCCACACCCAUGUAUUCCACAACCAAUAAAAUACCGAAAUAUUCGCGAUCCAAUACGUCGAUUAGUAAGCAUCAUCAGCUCUAUGGUGUUGGAAUUGGAAGUGUGGAAAGAGGUUUGGGUGCAUGUGGUAACGCUGGCACACUCAGUAACACUCUUGCUCUCACCACUCAUCAGUCCCAGUCCUUUAAUACCUCCUUACCACCUAUCACAUAUAUGGCUACUACUGGUGUUGGUGGUGGGGGUUUACAUCAACAUUCCUACUCGAGCGCCCAGGCACCGGUGUCAGCGGAUCCGUGCCGCAACUAUUGGGGUCAUCCGAGCCUCUAUCGUGGUGGUCGUCAUCACAAUAAACGAAAAUCGGCUGUGGAGCUAUUGGCUGAGACAAAACCAUUUUUUAUAAAGUCAGACACUGUUAUGGAAAGAUUACAUCAAUCUAGCUAUCGCGCUGCUACCAUCGCCAGUGCUGGGAAACGGGGACGCAGCAGUGUGUGUGAUGGGCGAGAUGAAUUGGGAAGUGUUAGUAGGUACAAGCCACCUGGUUAUCCAACUGAAAUAGUAGAUGCACACGAUAUGCGCACGGAACAUCGUUUUAGCGUUCCAACUUCUUCCACUGGAACUCUACAUCAAAGUAGUCGCCCUAGUACGUUUCAGCAUCAUCAUCAUCAUCAUCAUGAUCAUCAUGCGCACAUAAGCAGCAAUACACGACACAGUGAUCCUUCUUCAAGCAGCUUGUUGCAAAACAAGGUACGGAUGUUGUUGGCUGGCGGUAAUAGCGUUGAAUCGGCAAGAGAUCGCACAAUUGGAGUUAUUGGGCGGAGCUAUCGUGGAGAUCUUUUGCGAAAAAUCGAUUUCAAGAACAAAAGCAGUGGUCGCGGAUGCCUUGCUGGCAAAGAGCUAACGUCUGUAAGCUUCUCCAAUGACGAUGAUGCAACCAUACGGCUGCCCCCACCCACUUUUAUAACGCCGCAGUCCUUUGAUAAUAUCUACAGUUACGGCGCUGAAAAUAGUAGUGGCGAUGAACCACUUGUACUGACUGAGAACUACCGACCUAUUAGUCCGCCAGCCGAAUACGCAGCAGAGUCUAACAAAACCGAGUCCCGCUUCAGAUAUAAUUACCAGCGUUCACAUUCCCAUUCACACGAAAUUGCCGCCGAUCGUAAUUCUCAGUAUAACAUCAAUAGUCAUAAGUCAUUACCUGACUUGCAUUCGCAAAUAAGUCGUCAUUCGCCGCAUAGCGAAAUCCUCAGCUGUUGCAGUAGAGGCAAUCGCUCAAUCAAAUCCGCCGGUGAGUCGUCUCUUAAUCGUGACUCGGGCGGUUCUUCGGGCCACUACACUCACCGUAGCGAACCUUGUUAUCGACAGCAACGUGACAGUGUCGAUCGCGAUAUGUAUGCACAGGCUAAUACUGACAACUGUUGUAUUAACACUAUUUCCACGCCUAUGGAGUACCGUCGGGAUUCUGGUUCUUCAACACAACAUAGUGCUAACUCAAAUGGCGCCGGAGUAGGUUAUGCUUCACCUUCGUUUUUGCGAUCGGGGAUCGGUGAUUGUACCGAAUGCCGUUGCAAGAAUGUUGUACGUUUCGAGUCAGAUGAUUAUUUGUUUAAUUUUCCGACACCAGAGGUACCGGAGGCCUUUCAGGAUGACUACACGCCGCCUUCGCCUUCAGUGCCCCGUUAUGAUAUAGACGAGUCGCGUUUUUCUAAUAUACCAAGCUUUCAAAAUUUGCAACUUCAUCAGCAACAACAGACACAAACUCGAGAGCAAGACCAGCAGCAGUUCUUUAGUACUUCUGUUUAUAGUAGCGGUAGCGUAAAGUCACCUAAAAGUCCAGCAGGUCAAAGUCCUGGCUCAGCACCUUCCGUUGAAGACAUUAGUCCACCGCCUAUAGAAUUCAAACGACAACGUUGCAUUCGCUUUAAAAGCCGAAAUCGUAUAUCACUGCCAAACGCUCCAUCACUUCCUAGUAGCAUUGCGGCACAAUGUGUGGAACGUGUGGAACCUUACCAUGCUGGCUUGGAUCAACACUCGUACUUCUUUCCAAGGUGUUUCUCUACGGAUUCAUAUACAUCACUAGGGAAAAACUAUGCAGAACCCGUAUCUCAGUCGACAUCAGCCUUAGCGAUGCAACUGAAUGGUAGUCAAUCAAAUGACCGCGAAGCUGUAGUACUAGGUAUAGCAGAAGGGAACUUUGAAGAACUAGAAAAAUUUUUUGAUCGACUUGGUUUAAAUGAUGAGAAGUUUCACGAGAUAUACAGUGUCCCCAGGCGGCGUAAGAGCGCCGAUACCGACUCAGAAGGCUCUAGUACCGUUUUCUUCUCUGAUGUGAGUACUGUAGAUUCGAUGCGACUUCCGGAUAGCACUGAAACACAGCCACAAACCGCACAACCAUAUCGACCCUCUGAGCCACCAUCUAUUGUUGAGCGUAAUGCUCGCAUUAUAAAAUGGCUAUGUAAUUGCAGGAAGUUGCAAUAUGUUUAACGGAACGAGUAGAGAUCUACAAUAUAUAAGUAAAUAUACUAUACAUAUACAAUAUAUAUGUAACAACCAUGCAUAUUGACGUACUACAUUAUGUAAUAAGCAAAUACAAGUAUAUGUAAUACCAAAAUGAAAAAUUAAAAGACUACAAGGGAUUGUUAGGUGUAUUCAUAAAGAGUGAAAAUGUAUCAGAGUGGCAAUACUUGUUCUUCUUGAA